AUGCAAUCUGGCUUUCGAGACUCACUCACUUCGAGCGAAAGCUUCCAGAAACUCUCAAAAUUCAUUAAUGAUAGAACCCAACAAUUUAACACAGAUAUGAUGGGCCAAGGCCGCUUGGUCCCGACUGUCAGGCACAACAUCAGGACAGAGUACGGGAUCCAGAAGUAUGUGGCUGAUGAGGCGGAUGACCCUUUUAUCCCAUCAGGGAUCAUCACAGGUCCCUCAAAAGCACAGUCUCAGCAGCAACAUGCAUUCUAUUCUGGCGGUCUACACCAUUCCGUUCCCAUUUAUGCGAAUCACGAUGACUCCGGAUAUGGAGGGAGUCGUAUAGCUCUUACGGUUACCAGCCCAUCCAUCAACGCCGGACAAGAGGGCAGUAAAAUAGAAAGCAAUGCGACUUCCUUACAAUGUCCUGAAUGUCCUGACUUCAAAGCAAAAAACAAGUCAGAAUUAAGAAAGCACGUUAAUCGCCACACAAAACCCCACAAAUGUGACUUCGCAAAGUGUCACAAGAAAGGAUUUGCUACAGCGAAUGACCUUGAAAGACACAAACGAACUGUUCAUCGAGACGAGUGCCGCAGUGGGAGCAGCUCUGUUGUCUACAAAUGCUCCCAUUGCGCAGACCAACCCGGCAAACAGAACAAGCGGAAGAAGCAAGAAUGGCCCAGAAAAGACAAUUUUAUUGCACAUCUGGCAAGAAUACACAACCGCCACCCCAGCCAUGCCGAUAAUCUUGAUCAAUACAUUGUUCGCAGUCAGCCACCACCUGACACUUUGACUGACAUUGUACGGGAGAAUAACAGAGAGGCGGCUCGAGGAAACGACCUGACCGGGGUGGGGACUAUCCCGGAUUUCAUAAAUCCCGGGACAGUGGGCAACUAUGCGAAGCAAAUUCCCAAUUUGCAAGGAGACGAAACUGCUGCUCUAGCUGAACAGCGCCUGAUGAAAAUUUUGCAGAACAACUUUAGUCAUCUGGGGAACAACAUGUUUGAGUCUCAAGGAGAGUCUCAGUUCAUCAACCCAGAUGCCUUGCGCCAACAUGGCAUGAGUGACAGACUACUUGACGCUUCACUGGAGUCUGCUCACAGUCAGCCUAUGGAAUUCAGUUUCGUCGACUCCCAAAGUGCGAUGAAUACCACAUCACAGAAUCAUCCCAUCGCUGGAAACAUGCAAUAUCAGGGAAUAUCAACAAAUUUUGGUGGCAUUGAUGAAAUCGGAAUGGAAAAUGAAGACACCGAUACAUGGAUAUCUCAUUCUUUAGAGCACUCGAAUGCCGUGGAAGAAAAUAUCACAGAACGUACUGAGCCUCCGGUUCCCUCCUCGCAUUCUGAUCAUACCGCAAAUAACACUGUCAUUGGGGAAUUACUCAAGAAGCUGCUUCCCACGCCAGUAGACUCUUCAGCCAGCCUAAUUGACCAGGUUAAGAAGUUGCGCGCCGGGGAGCGAGGCGCUCUUUUAGCCGCUCUCCGGGCCUCUGGACCAGAUGAUGACGACGCGAGCACGGUUGACGGUGAUUCACCAUCAAAAGGACAAACUGCUUGCCGCAAGUGUGGUAAAAGCUUCAGGAGACCUUGCGAACUAACAAAGCACAUGAAGAGACAUUCUAAGCCUUACGGAUGCACGUGGAGAGGGUGUUUCAAGACAUUUGGCAGCAAGAAUGACUGGAAACGACAUGAAAGCAAGCAGCACUAUCACCUUGAGACAUGGAAGUGCGACCUAGAUCGCUGUCAAAAGAGGAGGUGGAAUCGCCGCGAGACUUUCAAGCAGCAUCUAUCAAAAGAUCACAACCUCUUUAAUACCGAAGACCUGGAAAGGAAGCUAGAACAAUGCCGCCAUGGCACACAUUGCGACCCCAACUUUUGGUGCGGAUUCUGUGUCAAGUAUAUUGAUGUUGAUACUGCAGACGGCUAUAGUCCUUGGGCGAAGAGAUUUGAUCAUAUUGACGACCACUUUUGCGGCAGGGAUGGUAUGGAACCAAAGAGCAUCGAAGAAUGGCGUCAUUCGAAUGCCGAGAUCCCCCAACACACACAGGAUGGUUCAAGCACUGGGGGUCUACCUGGGAUUGUUCAAGGCUUUGGACCAAAUACGAAUGGUUCUCUUAAAAGAAAAGCAGACCUAAUAAGUUUCGAGCCGCAACCGCUCGGGAAAAGGCAGAAUAAUAGCAUAGGGAUGUCAGAAAUGUGGGACUGUUGCGGAUGUUAUAUGUCCAUGAAUAUCAGGACCUCACCAAGUUGUAUUAAUUGCAACCACGUUCGGUGUAGCUAUUGCGGCCUUUCGCGACACUUCCCGAAAGAUGAAGGCGAUUUGCCUGACCAUGACGAAUUCAAUGCGACGAGGGGUUUCAGUGGGCAGAGUCUCACCGUGCGGGCCACCUAA